GAUGAACCACACUAAGCUGCAUCAUACCACAGCACAAUCCACAUACAGAAUCUGAACUCCGAACUUACUUUCCCGCGUUUUUUCUUCUCUUCACGCACACCAAACUCAUUCCACAAUCUUCUUCACUUCAGUUCACCUCUUUUUUUUUUUUUAUUUCCCUCUCUCAAUUAAUUUGAAUCUUAUUCCCUUUCCAAGUGCAAGGAAUCACAGCAACAUCAUCAACAACAACAAGAAGUACCUACGCUUAAGAAAGAGAGAGAGAGAGAGGGAGAGAAAUCGGAGAAGAAGAAGAUGUUGAAGACGAAUGCAUUUCACGGCGCGAACGUGUUCAUGUCGCGGAACCUCGUGCCGCCCGAAAUCUUCGACGCGCUCCAUGACGCCGUCAAGGAUAACGGCGCCGAACUCCACCUUUGUUGCGAUCCUUCACGCAAUGGCCCCAAUGAUUACCACAUCAUUUCUUCCAAUAAACACGUAAUUCCUCAAUUCCACCCUCCUCUUUUGCGUUUUAUUUAUUUAUUGUUGAUUUCGUUCUCCGUUUUGCAGGAGAAGUUUGAGGAUCUUAAAGCCAAGGGUUGUAAAUUGCUUGGUCCUAGAUGUGUUCUUUCAUGUGCUAAAGAGCAUAGGCCUCUGCCUAAACAGGGAUUCACUUGUUGCCUUGCCAUGGAUGGUGUCAAAGUACUUGCAUCUGGCUUUGGCACAGUUGAGAAGGUUAAGAUAGAAGAGUUUGUGAUUGAAAUGGGGGGAGUUCUACACACGAAAGCAUCACUGGAUUUGAACUUUGUCAUUGUGAAAAAUGUUUUAGCUGCAAAGUACAAGUGGGCAUUGAAUAUCCUGAAGAAACCAAUAGUCACUUAUGAAUGGUUAAAGCAAUGCUCAGAGGAGCAUCGUGUUGUUCCUCAAGAGUCAUACAAGGUCCUUCCUUUCUCCGGGUUAGAGAUUUGUGUUACUGGAAUCCCAGCAGAUACGCGCGGAGAAAUGAAGGAGCUUAUUUUACAAAAUGGUGGAAAAUAUUCUGCGGAACUGACAAAGAAGUGCACACAUUUGAUUUCUAACGCUCCUGAAGGUGCCAAACAUAAGGUGGCAAAGUGUUGGGGCCACAUUCAUGUUGUGUCAACGAAAUGGUUUGAUCAAUCUAUUGCUCGAAGAGCAUGUCUGAAUGAGGAAUCAUACCCUGUUCAGAAUGGAUCUGUAUCUUCACAUAAAGUAACUAGGGACUUAAAUGUGCAACACAGCCAAGAAAAGGAUAUUGGGAAAUUGCAAUCUGAGGCAUCCUCAGGAGCUACAGAUUUAAAUAUGCCAGUUUUUUCUAAUGCUGAGUUUAUGGAUAUAGAUCUAGAAGCUACACAGCCAGAACACAUAUCUUCCUCAAAUGCUCCUUUAUUUGCUAAAGAGGCAGAUGCUGAAGCACCUCCAGUGCAGACCAGCAAUGAAUUGAACUUUGAUGGUGCUGUUGCCAAUGAUUCUGAAACUGAUGAUAAUGACCUGUACUUAUCAGAGUGCCGAAUAUCACUUGUUGGCUUCGAAGCUUCUGAAAUGCGGAAACUAGUUAGUAUGGUGCGUAAAGGUGGAGGCUCCCGAUAUGUGUCUCUUAAUGACAGGUUGACGCACAUAAUAAUUGGGAAUCCUACAGAAACGGAAAAAAAAGAUGUAAGGAGUCUUGCUGCUUUGGGUGUCAUUUAUGUUGUUAAAACCUCAUGGCUUGAAGAUUGUGACCGUGAGAAGAAAGAAGUUCCUGUUCUUAGAAGACACAUAGCGCUUGAUCUAAUUCUUCCAAAAGCAAGCUUGGUAAAUGGAGCAGUAACAAGCAUUAUGUCCAUGGAUCAAGGUAAAAGAUCUGGCUUUCAUCAAAGUUUACAGACUGAUCAGGUGGUGGGUAUCACAGACUUCGGAGUUGUAAUGCCAAAAUCUUUGGAGAAAGACAAAGAAGAGAAACUGGGUAUUGGUACAAACGUUCACACAUUCAAUAAAGCAACUGGCAGAGCUAUGGCGGAAAAUCAAAUUCCUGAUAAUAAAUUGAGGGUACAAAAGAUGACACAAUAUGACUCCAGCGUCCAAUAUGUGAAGUCAACAACUGUUUUCAGAGGGAAAAUAUUUUGUUUCUCAAAUUUAUUUCCUGAAGAAAGGAGAGCUGAGAUUGUUCAAUGGAUAAGUCAAGGAGGAGGAGAGGUAGUAAGUCGGCAAACAAAACAGAGUGUCCCUUAUAUUAUCGAGUGUCAUGGUGUAACACCCAGGUUGACAGGUGAUUCUGAAAGCAUACAUAUUUCCAGUCAUUGGAUACGAUCUUGUUUGGAGGCUGGGUCGUUGCUGGAAGUUGACAGUCAUAUUCUUUAUUCUCCACUUCCCUGCCGUGUUCCCUUGCCUGGGUUUGAAAGCUUCCGGUUUUGUGUUUCACAAUAUGAGGAGAAAGAUAGAAUUCUACUUAGGAACCUGUGUUUUGUUCUGGGAGCUAAAUUUGUGGAGAAGUUGACUAAGAAGGUCACCCAUUUAGUAUGUAAAUUCACCAAUGGGCCCAAGUACAAGGCUGCUUGUAAGUGGGGGAUCCGGUCAGUUACAUCUGAAUGGAUCUUUGAAUGUGUCAAACAGAAUGGAGUUGUUGCCAUUGAUCGAUUUUUACCAAAAGAGGUCACUGCUCAAGACCAAGAGGCAGGAAUUUGCACUGUGAGUCAAAAUCCUACCCAGGCUGUUCGAAUGAUAAGUGACAUGCCCUCCCAGCUUCCAAGUCAAACACAAAAUCUGAGAAACAUGGCAAAUAAAAACAUAGGUAGUGGAGUUGACAAUCAUGGGACUGAUUCUAAAAUAACAAGUAUUUACAGCAAAAAGGCGAGGCCCGUGGAAGAACCUGGUCUACAUGAAAAGGUGCCUUCUGCCGUAAAUUCAGGUAUUCAUGUCCAUGACAUGAACUUUUCUGAAAACAAUAUGCUUAAAGAUGCUGGGGAAGUUUCUCAUGUUGUUCCUGAUGUUGCUGCUGCAAUUGAGGACUUGUUAGAGCAGACAAGCAAGAUGCAUGAUCAGAGGUCGCCUAGGAGGACAGGGUGUGAGGGAACUAUUUACUCAUCUGAUUGUUCAGCCCUUGGUGAAGACAAUUCAAAUCCUCAUACUGUCUUCGGAUUAUCUAAAAACUGGUUAAACAGAAGUGGCAGAAAAGACAAUAAUGGUGAGGCUUCUCAAGACGGAAGAGCAGGAAUCUAUGAUGGUUUUAGUGAAACACAAACAGAAUCUCAGGUUGUUAGUUAUGAAGAAGAUUUAUCAGGAAGGCAAAUGCUUAUAGAUAGAGUCCGAACUCGAAGUAGCAUGCACUGAAAUAGGAGGACACCCCCCUUAGGAAAGAUUUCAGUAUAGCAUUUUCCUCAUUUGAUGGUCUAAUGGUAUAUCUGAGCUUACAAGAAGCUAAUACACAAGAAUCUGUCAGGUCCUUCAUGAUUAGCAUAUAAAUUACUCUCCAUUAAACCCUAACCAGCGAUAGUAGGGAUGAGGACAAUUCUUGUAUACAAGCUUACCUUUGCAUAUUUGUAAAAUUGCUAUUACCCGAAUUCGAACUCACGACCUUUCAGUCACAAAGGAAGGACUUUACUACUGCUUCAGGCUCACCCUCUUCAUGAUUAGCGUAUGAUUAAAAAAAAAACUCAACCUUGGCCAGCUAAUGGAGGAAACAAGCAGUAGGUUAGUAGAGAAUAUCAAUAUCAAUUUGUUGUACCUUCAUGUUUGAACAUGUUUAUGAUUUUGGUUUUGAGAAGCAGCAUCCCUAAUUCGCUGGAAUUAUUGGAAAAUCAUAGACAAAAUGGCAGGGCUGUAUGUUGUAAUCAAUUCUUUGUAAGUAACAAAUAGAAACAAGUGACAUAGCCAAGUAAUGGGAAAAAGGGGUUAUUGAGUCACGCCUGCAUAGUCCCAGUCUACCAGAUUGUCAAGUAACUUAAGAGUAGCUCUCUUUAUUAUUACUAUUUAGUGGGAAGGGGCGGAAGAAAGGGGGUUGCCAUGUGAUAAGUUGUCUGAGUGGGCAAUUUCUGUUGGUAUGACUGUUCUGCUAUGUAGAAUGCUUUUCCCAAAUCUGAAAUCACACGUAACAU